UAAAAACUGUAAAGUCAUAAUUUACAUUUAUUUGAUGUUGAUUUUCAUAAUGUGCGGUUAUCCCAGGGCAGUUUAUUUAACGCAAGUAGCCAGAUAAUACAUUGUUACUGCACUGUAAAUGUUUAACUCCGGGCACAUGUUGUAGUUGAGUUACAGACAAUAAAAAAAAAGUUACAGUUACAGCAAGUCACCUGACCUCAGAGUCAGACAACAAGAGAAGAGUAAUACGCAAAAAAAACAUCUGAAGGGUUUAACAUUUAUCUAAUAUUUCCUAUAAGUUAAAUUACUGUAAAUGUGUUUAAUCAGUAGCCUAGGUUUAUUCCACAACUGGUCUCUCUGCUCCCCGUCUCUUUCUUAGAACCAGUGUUGUCUACAAGUUGUCUCUGCCGAUUCUCGUCACACUUCGAUUUGGCCUAUAUGCAAAACGUCAUUGAUGAUGGCUUGUUGGGAUGUUAUCAUAAAGCAUGUUUUAAUAAUAUCAUACCUAUAAAUAUAGCCAAUAGGCUAUAGCCUAUAAUAUCAAAAAUAUAUUACUGUAAUUAUUUAGUUCAGCUAUGAACGGAAAAUAUUGAUGAAAGCAAAUAUCAUCUUAAGUUUUAUUGGUGAUAAAUCAAGUGUCCAUAUUUGUGGCAAGGAAAAAGUGUAUGGAAUAAAAUCACUCUUAUGGCCAGGCACCACACCCUAAUAGGUAUUUAAAAAAAAAUCUUAAUCAUAUCACAAUCAACUUUUAAAUAUAAUGCCUUUUUAUAUAAAAAUGUUUCUGAAAUAUUGUAUACGUUAUGCAAAUGAGACGUUAUGCUAAUGAGGCGAUCUCAUUUGCAUAUUUUCUUUGAACGCAUAUCCAUUUUUCUGAACACAGGAAGUCAGCCUAAAUAUUUUUUGUUCAUUUUUUUAAGACACUCCAGGACCGAACUUUCUUUGACCAUAUUAUGAAUAAAUACUUAAAAAAAAAUCUUUAUCAGUAAAAUAAAGACAUGUACAUAAAAAUAAUUUUUAGCAAAUUUUUCCAAGAAAAUGUUAUCAAUACUGAACAAAAAUAUAAACAGAACAUGCAACAAUUUAAAAGAUUUUACUGAAUUACAGUUUAUAGAAGGAAAUCAGUCAAUUGAAAUAAAUAAAUUCAGCCCUAAUUGAUAGAUUUCACAUGACUGGAAGGGCAUACUUGAGACAUCUUUGGCAUUGUGUUGUGUGACAAAACUGCACAUUUUAGAGUGGCCUUUUAUUGUCCCCAGCACAAUGAUCAUGCUGUUUAAUCAGAUUCUUGAUACGCCACACCUGUCAGGUGGAUGGAUUAUCUUGGCAAACGAAAAAUUCUCACUAACUGGGAUGUAAACAAAUUUCUGCACAAAAUUGGAGAGAAAUAAGCUUUUUGUGCAUAUGGAACAUUUCUGGGAUAUUUUAUUUCAGCUCAUGAAACAUGGGACCAAGACUUUACAUGUUGAAUUUAUAUUUUAUUUCAGUAUAGAAUACAAUUUUGACAACAUAUCAACAAUUCCCUCUGAGUAAGUCUGGAGAAUAUAUCUAAGGAUAACUACACAAACUUUGGGGAAUGUAGAUUCUUCUGAAGCUGAGAAAAAUGAGUUGGCUUGUGGGAAGAGUCUUACCUUCGGGAAACGCCUAUAUUGACCCAAUCACCAUCUCUUCAAAGAAUGUUUACCAUCACAGAGUUAGCGUCGCUGAAUGACAUCCAGCCGACCUACCGCAUCCUAAAACCAUGGUGGGACGUCUUCAUGGACUACCUGGGGGUGGUCAUGCUCAUGUUGUCCAUCUUCGCCAUGACGAUGCAGAUCACAAAGGACCAGGUGGCGUGCCUUCCAUGCCUGGAGGAAGCGGCGGCAGGGCCAAACUCUUGGACAUCCCAAAGUCCACCAGAAACCGCCUCAUCAGCAGUUAGCAUAACGACAGUGCUUGCUACACCAAUGGCCACUAAAGAUCUACCAGACAGUGCAGUACACGAGGUCCACAACACCCAGCCCAUCGUUGUGAAGCAAGAGAGCAAAAUGCAGCAACCCAAGCCCACAGGGAUCCAAACCAACUUAGAUUAUCAGCAGUAUGUCUUUGUCAACCAAAUGUGUUACCAUAUUGCCUUGCCCUGGUACUCAAAGUACUUCCCAUACCUCUCCCUCAUCCACACCCUUGUGCUUAUGGUCAGUAGUAACUUCUGGUUCAAAUACCCCAAGACAAGCUCAAAGAUUGAACACUUUGUGUCCAUUCUCGGACGGUGCUUUGAGUCUCCGUGGACUACAAAGGCUUUGUCCGAGACAGCCUGUGAGGAUUCUGAGGAGAACAAACAGAGACUGACUGGCACCACUUCAGCACCGAGAGCGAUAUCACAGGAAACUAAAGAUGAAAAUGCUGCAAACUCAUCUACCCCUAUGCUUGGGAAUACAGGAGUCAAGUUCUCAGCAGAUAAGCCUGUUGCUGAAGCCCCAAGUAUGACUAUACUGGACAAGAAAGAUGGAGAGCAGGCCAAGGCUCUAUUUGAGAAGGUGCGGAAAUUCCGCGCCCAUGUAGAGGACAGCGAUUUCAUCUACAAGCUCUAUGUAGCUCAGACUGUGGUCAAAACUGUCAAGUUUAUUUUGAUUCUGUCCUAUACGUCAACAUUUAUUGUCGCCAUCGACUUUCACCACACAUGUGAACCCAAAAUCAAACACUUAACCGGAUAUGAGCAGUUCUUUUGUACCCACAACAUGGCUUUCAUGUUGAAAAAGCUCCUUCUCAGCUACAUGGCCCUCAUAUUGAUCUAUGGGAUGGUCUGCUUGUAUUCCCUCCACUGGCUGUUCAGGCGCCCCCUUAAAGAGUACUCAUUUGAGAAAGUCAGAGAGGAGAGUAGCUUCAGUGACAUUCCUGAUGUGAAGAACGACUUUGCGUUCCUUCUGCACAUGGUCGAUCAGUACGACCAGCUGUAUUCCAAACGGUUUGGUGUCUUCCUCUCGGAGGUCAGCGAGAACAAGCUGAGGGAGAUCAGUCUGAACCACGAGUGGACAUUCGAGAAGCUCAGACAGCUUGUGACCCGAAAUCCCCAAGACCAGCAGGAGCUCCACCUCUUCAUGCUUUCUGGUCUCCCCAAUGCAGUGUUUGACCUCACCGACCUGGAAAUACUUAAACUAGAGCUAAUUCCUGAGGUCAGGUUUUCGGCAAAGGUUUCCCAAAUGACCAGUCUGCAGGAGCUGCACCUCUGCCACUGCCCUGCCAAAGUUGAGCAGACUGCCUUUGUCUUUCUCCGUGACCACCUCCGCUGCCUUCAUGUCAAGUUCACAGACGUCGCUGAGAUCCCAGCAUGGGUUUAUUUGUUGAGGAGUUUGAGGGAGCUAAACUUAGUAGGGAAUUUAAGCUCAGAAAACAACAAAAUGAUUGGACUAGAGUGCAUGCGUGAUUUGAAACAUCUUAAGACAUUAUAUCUGAAGAGCAACCUCACCAAGAUCCCCUCAAACCUCACUGAGCUGUCCCCACACCUGAUCAAACUGGUGGUGCAUAACGAUGGUACUAAACUACUUGUACUGAACAGCCUCAAGAAGAUGACAAACCUCGCCGAUCUGGAGCUGCACAACUGUGAGCUGGAGAGGAUCCCCCAUGCUAUUUUCAGCUUAAACAACCUUCAAGAGCUGGACCUCAAAUCCAACAAUAUUCGCACCAUCGAGGAGGUCAUCAGCUUUCAGCACCUCAAAAGGUUGACCUGCCUCAAACUGUGGCACAACAAAAUCAUCACCAUUCCAGCCUCCAUAGGCCAGGUCAAGUGUUUGGAGUCACUUCACCUUUCGCACAACAAACUGGAGACGCUCCCGCCGGCGCUGUUCCACCUCCCCAAGCUGAGGCACUUGGAUGUCAGUCACAACUCCAUCACAGUGAUCCCGCCGGACUUGGGUCUCCUGCAGAACCUCCAGCACUUCGCCAUCAAUGCAAACAAGGUGGAGGUGCUGCCCAAGCAGCUGUUCAGGUGCACCAAGCUGAAGGUCCUGUGUCUGAGCAAUAAUGGCCUCACCAACCUGCCUGAGACAGUGGGUCAGUUGGUGCAUCUUGCUCAGCUGGAGCUGAGGGGUAACUGUCUGGACCGCCUUCCCUCACUGCUGGGGAACUGUCGCCUUCUACGUAAAAACAGCCUCAUUGUUGAGGACCACCUUUUUGACACUUUGCCUGUAGAGGUAAAGGAGAGCAUUAGUCGGGAGACCAAUGUGUCCUUUGCAAGUGGCUUAUAGUUUAUAAUUUCUGAUAUCUUAAACCCUUAUGGUACAGUGAUUAACUGAAAUGUAUAUUACUCACUGAAGCAAUACGCUAUGAAAGUAACACGUUAUUUACCAGGAACUAGUCUUGUAGUUUUUUAUAACUUUUGUAGGCUUUUUGAAUCCUCUUUAAUCGGCAAAAACGUAGCGCAAUGGUCUUGAAGCCAAAUACUUCGUAAAGGCACAUGGCAGAAGUAAAUUCAUCCACAAACACAAAUAUAAUUUUAUAUACAGGUAUAUCUUAAACGAUCACGUUUUCACGAAUUUGAUGAUGUAAUUUCAAGCACAUUCAAAAGAUUAGGGGAAAUGACCCGGAAGUAAAGCAGACGGGGCGGUUGCUGUCACAGGAUAUUGAACCAUGUUUUAUUGAUUAUCAAUGCCCUAUAUGGGUAGUUCCUAUACAUUUUUUGCUUAAUAAAGUGAGAGAGAAUGCUUCUCCUCAACAAAGACUGUAUAGCUCUAUAAAUAAUGUAAUAUCAUUUCAAAGUAUAAUUUCAUCAAGUAUUUAAGAAUGUUCAAGAUUUAAAAAAAAAAGCUUUUAGUUGCUUCAUAGGGUAUUAUGACAUAAUAUUGUUAGCAGUAAUAGAUUUUUAGACUUAAUAACAAAUAUUGUAUUAGCUACUCAGGUAUAAUGUUAACCCUGGGAACCAUAAUUUUGCCUUAACUGCUGCUAUUUUUCAGUGAGGGCGUUCAUAAGAAAAGACUUAACAACUCUCAAGUUUAUCGAUACACUACCUGUCAUUAUUCACAACACCAUUCAGUAAAAUAACAAAUGCUAUUUUCAGUAGUAAUUAACUUUUGGGGAUUACGCUUGAAAUGGGAAGUACUUUGCACAACCAAUAUUUGCUUUGUUUUUUGUUAUAUUGUUGAAUGUCUACUAUGGAUUACACUUCCCUAUCACAGACCAUGAUAAGCAUUUGUGUGUGAUUGAAAGUAAAGGAGGGUUGACAAAAGGGAGGCGAUGUUUUACACCAAAACAAGUUUUUAAAUUAGGCAACAAUAGCAUCAAUUAAGUGUACACAUGGGACAAGAUUGUUAUAUUGCCUUUUUCCAAUGUAUUUCUGUACUGCACAUAAACGGUUCACAUUUGCAAGCAUACCAUUUCUGGCACAAUAAAACUAGAUCUUAGAUACA